CUUAUCAAUAGUUCAUACUCCGUAUUAUCUUUUGUAAAAUCGUCAAGUGCUCUUUUCUUCUUCUUUGUAGUUUAGAAUUUCCGAGACAUGAGAUAGUAAAGAGCAAGGAGUUGGAGAAAAAUAGACACUUCACAGUUCGAAAUCCAUAUUUUACAAGAUGAUGAUUUCGGGGAUUCAGAGCAAAUUCGUGCUGAUAACGUGUUAUGAAAUGGAAGGAAAUAAGCAGAAGAUCAGGGAGAGAAAAUAUAGUAUGAAGACUUAUGUUAUUGAGAGUAUUAGAGAGUGUGAUAAUAGUGUAAUCAAAGUGUGUUAAUUACAAUGGAGAAGACUCCUAUUUAUAGGAGAAAAGCUAAGCUUAUUAGGAUUACAGGAUAAUUGUGAACCACACAAUUAUCAUCUAGAAUCAUAAUUAUGAUUUCCUAAUUAUUUAUACAAUGCUGAUAAUAAUUCCUAAUCAGGAAUAGUUGGAACUUGGAAGAUGACUUAAUUCAAUAUAUUUCAACAACUUGAAGUUUGUUUUUAAUACUUGUAUAAAACUAUAAAGUAUAAGUUAUAAAAAAAAUUACUUUAACCGGCCCAGCCCAGCCCAGCCCGGCGGGUGGCCCGACCCGUGACCCGGGCGGGUGGCCCGGCCCGAACCAGACCCGUCCAACCCUCGGGCCGGUCCCGGGUCCAUGAGAUACAAACCGGCGGCCCGACCGGGCCUAGGCCCGGCCCCAGUCCACCUCUAGACUAAGCGCACUAAUUAUUAAUUUAUUAUUCUUGAAAUCCAUUCAAUACAAAAGGAAAAUGGAGCCCUCACAUAUCCCCUUCAAAAAUACAAUGGCUAUGCCAAUUCGUAUACCGUGGGAGCGGCCCAUAUUGAGCAUCCUACUCCCGCGGCAAAACGACGUAGCAUUAAAUUAAAAAAACGCGCACACAAACCAACGGAUCCUUUCUCCCACCUUUUCCCUCCAGCGGUUAUGCUCUCAACUCCCGAUGUUUUACAUUUACGCCUUUUUGAAGUUCGAAAUCCAAAAGUCUACUUUCUGAAAAAGUCUCGCUCUACAUUUCUUCUGAAUCAAGCAAGUUCGACGAAGUGUUUUUUUUAACAAAUCUCUGCAAAGAAGACAAGAGAUUAAGUAAAGGCUUUCACCGGAGCAACUUGAGGAUCAAGUUCAGCACCAAGUACAACCAAAAUGGUUAGGGUUAAGGAAAAAUCGGCUGUCAGGUAUAAGCUAUAACAUAGACUCAAAUAUUACUCAAUGCGAUUGUUUUUUUGUUAUGAAAACAUGUGUAUUAUGCCCUGAAAUGUGUUGUUUACAUGUAAAUACAAGCAAAGUAAUUUUUGGUUCAUAAUCCGCAUUUGACUGUAUUUAAAAGGUCAAAAUCCCGGAUGUUUACUUAAGUUAACAAGUAUAUACAAUCUAUAAGGUAUUAUUUGAUAGAAAAUGUUGUCCAGAGAACAUUCUUCGAAGUGCUUGUGUAUGGUGUAACUUCAUUGAGUUAUUAUGUAACUUCUGUAUGAUAAAAUGUCACUUGCUAUUUAUCUGCAAGUAUUGGAGCCAUAUUUGAUUAUUGAACAACUUGUGUAACUUAUGUAAAUACAGAUAGAAUUUAUGUAACAUAAGUAUAUUAAUAUGUAACUUAUGUCAAUUCUUAGUUACAUGUAACUUUGGGAUAUAACUUAUGAAACAAGUGUAUAAUAUUAUGUAACUUAUCAAAAUUGGUCAUUAUAAAAUUGAAUUUUACAAUUGUAUUUAUCCAAUGACUGCUACUAUACUGCCCAGAAUUAAUUAUUUAACAGCUGGCGUGUAACAUGUAACUACAAAUAAAAUAGAUGUAACAUAAGAAUAUUAAUAUGCAACUGUUGUGAGGACUUGUGUAACUUUUGAAAUAUAGAACCGAAUCACAUCCAAGGGCAUAACAUGUAACUUUGAGUUAUAAAUUAUGUAACUAAUGUAUAAUAUUAUGUAAAUGCUGCUAUGAGUUAUAUAAAUUAAUAACGUUAGCUUAAAUUGAUUAUGACUUGUGAAUGUUAUUCUGUAUAAUAUUAGGAAUACAAGAAGCAAUGAAACAGAACAGAAUGAGAAUUUUAAAAUGGAAACAGGUGUAUAAUAUGAAUGUUAUUCUGUAUAAUAUUAGGAAUACAAGAAGGAAUGCAAUAGAAGAGAAUGAGAAUUUUAAAAUGGAAACAGCUGUAUAAUUAUGACUUGUGAAUGUUAUUCUGUAUAAUAUUCCGUGUUAUUAAGUUGAGAUGUAACUUCUGUUAUUUGAGAUGUAAUUGAUGUUAACCUGAUAUGUAACUUUUGUUUAUUGAAAUGUAAAUGCUGUUAAUUUGAUAUGUAACUGCGGUUUAUUUGAGAUGUAAUUGCUGUUGAAUUCAGAAGUAAUUUGAAAAGAACCUGCUAUUCAAUCAAUUGUUUACUAACCAGUGUUAUUGUCUUAGUUAUUGUCAACUAAUGUAUAAUAUUAUGUAAAUGCUGCUAUGAGUUAUAUAAAUUAAUAAUGUUAGUUUAAAUUGAUUAUGACUUGUGAAUGUUAUUCUGUAUAAUAUUAGGAAUACAAGAAGCAAUGCAACAGAAGAGAAUGAGAAUUUAAAAAUGGAAGAUUGUGUACCAAUACAGAGUCAAGAACCAUUGCAACUGUUGACUUAUGACAAACCAACUACAACCAGAAAAAGAAAAACAGUUGUAAUAUCACAUGAAGAAUCCAAAAAGAAUGAUGAACAAAUAGAUGGAAACACUGUUGUCAACUUAAGAACCAGAGUAGGACCAGCUCCAUUUAUCAAGUUGAUUAAAUUGCUGGAUGAAAAUAAAAGAGCAGCAAUUGAAGAGAUUGGCUUUGGAGGUCUGCUGAACCUAAGUUUUGACAGAUUUUAUGGAGACUUUGUACAAUUUCUAUUGCAAAGUUUGCGACCAAUAUCAGCUCAGCUACAACUCACAAAUGGUGAGUUGUUGGAUAUUGAAGAACAAGAUGUUAGAGCUGUUUUUGGUUUGCCGAUGGGAAAGAUUGAUGUCGAGGAAGCAAAUGCCAAAAAUGAAAGUGAAGAGUACAUUGAAUUGUUGAAGCAGUGGAGAGUACUGGGGAAUUCAAAAGGGCAGCCCAGAGACAACAGAAAUGAUCCAAAAAAUCAUUGAUGAUAAUGAUUGUGGAGAUGUUUUUAAGAGAAAUUUUGUGGUGUUCACAGUUUCAUGCCUCAUCAGAGGCAAUCAGAGUAUAAAGAGCAACUUCAAGAUCUUGCUCUCUCUGAUAAAAGUUAAUGAAAUCAAGAACUUGAACUGGUGCAAAUAUGCAAGACGGUCAUUAAUGGAUGCUGGAGAAGAAUGGCAAGCUCAGCCAACAAAGAUGUUCACUGGACCGUUGCUGUUUCUGAUGAUUUGCUACUUCGAUAGAGUGCAAUUUAAAGGUCAGAUUUUGGAUACUCUUUAUCCAACAAUCAGAAUCUGGAGCAAAGAAAGAAUUGAAAAGAGAAUAAAAGAUGAGAGGAAGUUGGGAUUCGGGCUCGGGAAGGUGAUCCCACGAAUUAUGAUAGCUGAUGAAGAGAAAGAAGAAAGAGAAGAAAAUGAAGAAGCCAAUACAGAACAAAAUGAAGAUGAAGAGAUGAUUUCUAAAGAGGACUGUGUCAAAGAAAUAAUUGUUGUUGCACAGAAGUUCAGCGAUGCUUUUGUGGAAUUCUCAAAACUUCCAGCAACAAUUUCUAAAAGAUUUCCCAAUUCCGAUAUCUUGAAAAAGAUAUACUUGACAACAGCUGAUUACUUCUUCAGACAAGCUAAUGGCAGUGCCAAGGAAUCAGAAAAAGAGAGGUUGGCAGAAAAGUGCACUCUUGAUGAGGACGAUGAUUUUUUCAACAUACCAGGGGUAAUGGAAGCCCUAGAUAGAUUAGAAAAAGUUGCUUAUCUGAAGUUCUCAAUGCCUUCAUUUGAUCUGGACAUUGAGUUCAGCAUGACACAACCUUCUCAAAAUGAAAAAAAUUCAACAAAUGAGAAUCCAGUUGCUCAAAUGACUGAAGACCCAAUAAUGAAGAUUGCUAGAAAUAUAGAAGAAGAAAACAACAAAGAAGAAAUGGUUGAGAUAGUUGAAGGAGGAGUGAGGGAAGCAGAAUAUAGAAAUCAAGAGGAUGUUGUAACUGAAGAGCAAGAAAAUGUAGAAGAAGAAUUGAAGAUGACAGCACCUGUGGCAAAAAGGCAGAAGCUGAAAAAUGCAUCUAAGGCAGCUGAUACAGAAUGGAAAUUCAGGUCACCAUAUCUCAAACACAACCACAGGCUGUGCAAGGAGAUGAGGAAGGAAGAAAAAUUGGUGAUUGACUAUGCAUUUUCAAAGGAAGUUGGAAAUGAAUUGCUGUAUAAUGAUGACUCAAGCCUGUUUUUGAACCAUGAGGAGUUCCAAACACUUGAAGAUGAAAAAGAAGUUGACAAUUCAGUAAUAGAUGCAUGGGUAAAAUUACUGAAUGACAGAGAACACAAAAACAAUCCUCCCAAACGAGCACUGAUACUUUCUACAUUGGUCUAUGUCUUGUUUCCUGUACAUAGAAGUCAGCACUACUAUAUUUAUUGCUUCUAUACAAACAAGAAUGUAGUUGAUGUCAUAGACAAUAGAAUUCUUGAAGACGGGUUGGAGUUUAAAGACAAGUAUGAGGAGAGCUUUAACCAACUGGGUGAAUGCAUAUCCUGAAAAUAGGUGGAAGGUUUUAAAAAGUACUGCAACAAGAUUAAACAUCCAGCUGGAAGAAUGGCCACAUGGAACCCUAGAAUUUUGAAUAUGUCAUGGAGGUACAAUGGGAAUUAUGUUGACUGUGGCAUUUUUGUAAUGCGUCACUUGGAAACAUAUCGUGAACAGGGAGACAAGUGGGAUUCAGGAUUCCCAAGUGCAUCUAAAGCUGCUGGAAUAAAAGCUCAGAAACAAACACUGAAGAAGCUCAGACUUGUCUAUGCAGCAGAAAUCAUAAGCUCAAAAUUCAACAUGGAAAGGGAAAAUGUUUAUAAAAGAGCAAAAGACUUCAUAAAUAUGUAAAGUACAAUCGUUUUUAAGGUGGCAGGUGGAAGGUGGCAGAAUAUUAUGGGUAUUUCAAAACAUUAUUUGUUUUGAGUGGUCUGUUUUUUAAAAGUACAUUCGUUUUUAAGGUGGCAGGUGGAAGGUGGCAGAAUAUUAUGGGUAUCUCAAAACAUUAUUUGAUAUUAUUGGUGGAAGGUGG